AGCUGGACGAUCACUGGGGAACUCCAAGGGUGAGCGCAAGACAAAAUCAAAGCCCAAGCAGAAGACAGCUCAGCUUUCUACAUCCGUAAAUGGAUCUUUUAACAAAUUCAUGGAAAUCACGACACAUCCAGUUUACCCUUCUGCUAAUGGUUCUGGAGAAUUGGUCAAUACAAGUGGUAACAGAAAAAGAGAGGGUGAUGUUAAUUCAUCGAGGGAGAAGAAAGAAUCUGCUGACAGCAUGAAUGUGCCACUGAAUGACAUUGAUGCAAUAGAAGAGCUAGGUGUAGAAUCUGAGCUUGGGGCGCCUCAGGAUUUCAAUACUUGGUUCAACUUUGAUGUUGAUGGUUUGCAAGAUCAUGAUUGUGUGGGGCUUGAAAUACCAAUGGAUGACCUUUCCGAGCUAAAUAUGUUUUGACUGUGACUGCUCAUUGUACAUUCUUAAGGACUAUUUAACUGUUUAGUUGAGAAUACUCUUUUGCUUGUUCAAGAAGUGAUGGCUUAAGAGAUCUCUAGCCAAUUGGCACUUGUAAUUAUGGCCAUUUUUUGUAUACUUAUUUGAAGGGAAUGCUAGAAAAUCCUCACUUGUUUAAAUUCGGACAAUGUUUCCUUGUAAGCAAAUUAGCAAAGAUCGCAAGGGCAAUUUUGUUUAGUCAUCUUUUGUAAUGAUCCAGUUCCUUUUUCCCAAUAUAAUGCAUUUUUGACUCUUUCUCCCUGGUUA